CGGGUACUUCCGGUCGGUGACGGGUACUUCCGGUGUAGAUAAGAUACCGGAAGUGGUGUGGGUGGAGUAAGAUGGCGGCUGUACAGUGACCGGAGCCAUAUGGAGGAGGAUGAUCGGUGGAGAUCUGUGACCCGAGCCUGAGGAUGGGUGAGUGGCUGUCACCCCACAGUGGGCGGGCGGAUUCGGAUGACGGAUAUUUAGAUGAAUAUGGAUAUUAUAAUGACGAUGAUGAUGGAGAGGAUGAUGAUGAUGAUAUCAGAAUCUGGGACAACAACCCCUAUCUGAACACCUACUGCGGCCUCCGUCCCUCUUUUCUCCUCCCCCAGAAUUAUAGAUUACCCCAACCUAGAUAUAUAACCCAAGAGGAGGCGGACCGGAACGCCAAGGAACUAUUGGAAGAGGAGAAGAGGGAGAAGGAUAAAGCCGAUAAGAAGAGACUGAAGAAGAAGAGGCAGAAAGAUCGGAAGCGCCAGCAGAAGCUGCAGGAGGCGGAGGAUGGGAAGACCCCAUUGGAGGAGAAGACGGUAACGGUCACAAAGACGAUGGAUAAUAAUAGUGCGAUACGGAAGGGGAAGGCGAAUAAUGAGGACGCGGCCCGGCAAGACUCCAGCACUUCCGCUAGUGAUGAUGACCUGGAUCUGGGAAGUACGUUUGUUCGUCAGGCUCAGAAGAGGAUGGAGAACAAGCCCAAGCCGGAGCGCCGGGAGCGAACCAAGGAGCCUUCACGGGAGGGGCCACGGGGGCCCUCUAAGGAGAGAGCAGAGGAACGGUCCCGAGAGAGAGUGCUGGAGGGGUCUCAGGAGAGAACAUGUGACCCACUGCCGGCUCCACCCCAACCCGAGAAUAAUAUGAAUAUUUUGGAACGGUUUAGGAUACAGGAGAGUAUGGAUUUAGCAAAUAUUGGUAAUAAUAUGGCGAGCAAGGAGAGGUUUCCGGAGGCUUUACAUUAUUAUACAGAAGCUAUAAAGUUAAACCCCUCGGAGUUCAGGUUUCUGGGGAAUCGAUCGUACGUAUAUGACCGCCUCGGCCAGUAUAAGGAGGCGCUGGUGGAUGCGCAGAACGCUCUGAUGCUUCAGCCAAAUUUUCUGAAGGGCCAUUUCCGGAAAGGGAAAGCUCUGAAGGGGCUGAAGCGAUAUCCGGAGGCCAUUUUGGCGUUCCAGCAGGUGUUAUUAUUUGAUAUAAAUCAUGUAGAAGCGGCUGGAGAAAUCCUGAACUGUCAGCAGAAACUGCAGGAGUUGGUAACUUCCACCAGAGUGAAGGUUCUCAGUACCGCCCCCCUCAGCCCCCCGGCCACCCUCCUCACCUCUGUGCCUGGAGAGAAUAAUAAAGUCUUUGUGCCUCGCAACAUCUAUAAUACAAAAUACGAUCCCAGUAAAUCGGCGGUAGAAGCUGCUGCCCGAGGUCCGCCCCUCAAUAUCACGUCCAAUGCCGUGGUCCACAGUAAACUUUAUCCCAUCUGGGUUGGGAACGUCUCCAAUAAAAUAACGGAGGACGUCCUACGAUCCAAGUUUGAGCCGUUUGGCCUCAUCCACUCGAUCCGCAUACUCUAUGGCAGAACGUGCGCUUUUAUAAACUACACCAGUAAGGAGUCGGCUGAAGCUGCGUUCUUCUCUCUGCAGGGGCUGAAUGUGGAGGGAACCUCGCUUGUUCUACAGUUGAGGAAUCCGGAACAUAAUGGGGCCGCAGCUCCCGCAGCCAGAAAGAUUGGGAAGUGACGGACUUUGCGGAACUCCGAGAUGCCAAUUAAUCGAUCGUUGCCAUUAAAGUGCUGAAUUCCUGUUG